UUCUUUCUUCUUUCCCAAACUGAACAUUUUUCUCUUUAUUCAUUGCAACCCAAAAUAAAAACACUCAACCCUAACAAAAAGGUCAAAAUUAAAAUUAAAAAAAAAGACGAGAAAAUCACAGCCAUUGGAUGAUGUUUCGUGGCAUUGAUCAUCACCGUCAAAGCCUGUACCAGCAGCGAUGGAUGAACCAUAAUCCGGUACAAGCAAGAGCAUUGUUGUAGACCCAAAAAAACUACCAAGGAGGCCUCUGAAUGAGAAAGAUGAUCGCUUUUGUUAAAUUUGGAGAAUUUGAGCUUUGAAAAGUAAAAAUAAAAAGAAAAAUUUUUUUUUUGAGAAUUUUGAAUAACAUUAUGUCGGAUUUGGUGGCCCGUACAGGUCGGCUUCAGCAAAGGUACGAGGCCGGUUGUCGCCUUGUCGCUGGGUGUAUUCCAUUUAGAUAUAGAAGCUCAGAUGAGACAGAUGUAAAUUCUGAAAAGGUAGUUGAGGUACUGAUGAUUAACUCAACUAGUGGACCAGGUCUUUUGUUUCCAAAGGGAGGCUGGGAGAAUGAUGAAACAGUUGAGGAGGCUGCAGUGAGGGAAGCUAUUGAAGAAGCUGGAGUCAAGGGGGAUUUAAUGGAUUUCAUUGGAUAUUAUCAUUUUAAGAGCAAAACCCAUCAAGAUGAAUUCAGCCCAGAAGGUUUAUGUAGAGCUGCAAUGUUUGCUUUGUUUGUCAAGGAGGAGUUAGAUUCGUGGCCAGAGCAGAGCACCCGCACAAGAAGUUGGCUAACCAUACCGGAAGCAGUUCAGAGUUGCAGGCAUGCAUGGAUGAAAGAGGCCUUAGAGGAUGGCUUCUGUGUGUGGCUUGCACAAAGAGAUUGAGUGCAGGGUUCCCCAAUCAAAAUUAACUUAAUGAGUGUGCAUGAAGCAAAAGUUAGCAAUGCAGACUCACUAGCAAAUCAUGUGCCUGCUUUGUGUCUGGCCCUUUUGCCUUUUUUCCUUUUUUUUUUUUUUAAAGUAGUAGACAUUGGUGCUUGUGAUUACAUAGUUACUGUUUCUUAUUUCAUUGGGUUUGUUUAUGGGUGUUAUGUUGCUGACCUCUGAUGCAUUUUAAUUCAGAGGGUAGUCCAAAUUGUCAUUAUGCAAUCUGUUUUGCUAA